UGGGAUGCCCUCCCCCAGAAUGACUAACGAAUCAUUCAAUGCGUAGUCUGAGGAGCAUGGGCAUUCCAAGAGGUCAUUCAGGUGGUUCUCGAAUCCCGGAAGCUGAUAAUCGGAAUUGGCGAGUCCCUCGAGAAAACAGAAGGACUUCGCUCGGUCUCUUCUCCGCUGAUCGGGCAUCCCUACGAUCCGACUCCUGUCGCUUGACGAAAAACCUGAAUCCAGUCGAUGCUUCGCGGAAUGCCAAAACUAUUCUCGAACGAGAUAUAUACGGGAAUCAUCGACUCAUCGCAUUUAAACACUCCGUUGUUUCAAAUUUGACAGAUCCAUCUCGCUUGGAGCAAUAAUGGGAUCUUGCUUGUUGUGGCUCGAUCGAUGAUAUUGCAGUGACUUGGUUUUCGACCCAAUCACCUUUUCAGACAGGCUGCUUGACAAUGACUCCUCUGCUUUUCGUCGCGGUGCUUCUCGUGUAUCACACGCCUGUAUCAGCUCUGGAAAAUGGACUCGCGCUUAGACCUCCGAUGGGUUGGAAGUCGUGGGAAAGAUUCCGUUGUAACAUCGACUGCGACAAGUCUCCGGACGAAUGCAUCAGCGAAAAGUUGUACAAGCGCAUGGCCGAUGAGCUUGUCGCCCAAGGAUAUCGCGACCUGGGAUACGUCUUUGUGAGCAUCGACGAUUGUUGGUCGAUGCCCGAACGCGAUCAGGGUAAUCGUCUUGUUGCCGACACCAAGCGCUUCCCGAGCGGGAUCAAGGCCCUCGCAAAAUAUAUGCACGAUCGCGGCCUCAAACUCGGGAUAUACGCAGACGCUGGAGCGUCUACGUGCCGCGGAUAUCCGGGGAGUAUGCAGUACGUGAGCACAGAUGCCCAAACCUUUGCGGACUGGGACAUCGACAUGCUCAAAUUCGAUGGCUGCAACGUUCCCGAUCCGAAGACCGCUGGCUUGAUUUACAUUGCGAUGACCGACGCUCUCAACAAAACCGGGAGAGAUAUCCUAUACUCUUGUGAAUGGCCCCUGUAUCAGCUGGAGUUCAAACUGGAGGUGAAUUUCGAGACGGUCGCAGCCACCUGCAACACGUUCAGGAACUAUUACGACGUUCAGGAUAAGUUUGAGAGCGUCCAGAAUGUUCUCGAUUUCUAUGUCCGGUAUCAAGACGAUUUAACACCUCAUCAGAGGCCCGGCGCCUUUUUCGAUCCUGACGCGCUUGUCAUCGGAAAUUUCGGACUCAGCCACGAUGAAUCGCAAACUCAAAUGGCUCUGUGGGCGAUCUGGGGCUCUCCCCUUUUCAUGUCGAACGACCUGACCGAGGUCGAACCAGGUUUCAAAGCCAUUCUUCAGAACGAAGCUGUAAUCGCCCUUAACCAGGACCCCGAAGGCCUCAUGGGGGUUCAAAUCGCUAAGCUCGGCGGCGUUCGAGUUCUACGUAGACGAGUUCUGCCGAAAAUCAAGGAUUCCUAUUCUCUCGGCUUGGCAUUCGUCUACACAAAUCAGGGCGGAUCUCCCAAGACACUCUCGGUCAGUGCUCAAGAUUGUGAUCUGAAGGAUACACGAGGCUAUGAGGUAGUCGAUCUCUUUAGCAACGCCACCCUCGGCCUUCUCCAUCCGAACGACACUAUGUCGAUCACCAUCAAUCCUUCUGGAGUGAGACUCUUCAAGGCCACCAUCGUCGGCUCCUGA